AUGGUAGACAGAACGGUGGUCAUCGCAACACUGAACGUGGGUACAAUGACCGGAAGGGGACGUGAAGUGGUGGAUGUAAUGGAACAGCUCAGGGAUGUGAUGCUGAAGAUACCAGAUGCGGAGGUGACGUGGGUAGCAGGUGACUUCAAUGGUCAUGUCGGGGAAGGGAGCUUGGACACAGAGGUUACGGGAAAGUACGGUGUCGGAAUACGGAACGAAGGAGUAGACAAAAUUGUGGACUUUGCAACAGCAAAAAGCAUGGCAGUAGUUAACACCUACUUCCAAAAGAGAUUGACCCGACGAGCAACUUAUACUAGCGGGGGACAAAGUACACAGGUGGACUACAUCAUGUGCAAGAGAAGGGAACUAAAGACAAUACAGGAUUGCUAUGUCCUGCCAAAAGAAGCGGUGGCUAAACAGCACAAGCUGGUAGUCUGCAAGGUAAAGAUGAAACAACAGAUUAAAAGAAGCGAAUGUGGAACAGAGAAAACGCGCUGGUGGAAGUUAAACGAAGAGGAACAUCAAAAUAAAUUUGUCCAGGAGGUGGAGAGGAAAUUGGAUAAGGAAGAGCGGAAAGAGUGGAGCACAUUGAGUGGGGUAGUACGGGAAACGGCUGUCGAGGUACUAGGGCGUACUUCAGGCAGGAAAGGGAAGAAAGAAGAGACGUGGUGGUGGAACACCGAGGUGCAGGAUGCGAUCAGGGCCAAGCGAGAAAAGAAGAAGGAGAGAGAUCUAAAUAGAUGUGAGGAAACUAUUGUAGCCUUUAAAGAGGCAAAUAAGAAAGCGAAAAGAGAAGUGGCAAAAGCCAAAAGCAAAGCGUACGAGGAGUUGUAUAGUAGCCUAGACGGGCAAGAUGGGCAAAGGAAAGCUAUCAGGAUAGCCAAGCAGAAACAUAAGGAGGCGCAAGAUGUAUACUAG